UGCAGCGAGGCUCUGUUCGGUUUGAUCGGUGAAAGAAGACGUCUAGGGGUUGUGUGGGUCUCAUUCGCAUUGUGCAGCAGUUGACUGGACGCUAGGCCAGAGUGAAUCGUCUGUGCGGAUAACGCGACACCAGUGAUCGGGACUGUGUUCACACAAGUGUUCGGAAAGCAAGCUGGAAAAAAUAACUGCGAUCCGGUACGGUGAUAAAGCUCUGAAUCACAUUGAACCCAGCAAACAUUGAACGAGAGCGGAUUCUCGAGCCUCAGUCGCUGAGCAGGACACUUUAGCAUGGAUAUCCUGCAGCAGGAAGUGCGUGGCAUUGCACUGGCCAACCUCUCCGAGGUUCAAUCCAGCCCCGUGUACAACCAAACGACGGUGCCACUGCAUCGAAAGGACUCGCGCAAUAUGGAGCAGGCAGUGAUUCGGAACAACACCACCAACUCGUAUCCUUCGAAUCACGACAUCGAGGGUCACAUCCGGCCAUUCCAGAAUCUGCCCGCACGCGAACCGGUCGACAUUCAGUUCAAAGACGUGUCGUACUGCGUCAGUCUCGGUUUUCGCAAAGGCCAAAAAGAGAUUUUGCACAAGGUGAAUGGCAAGUUCCCGGGAUCACAGCUGAUCGCCAUUAUGGGCCCGUCCGGGGCCGGAAAAUCGACGCUACUGGAUGUGCUGUCCGGCUACCGUAAAACCGGCGUCGAGGGAGCAGUUUACGUGAAUGGACGUAUCCGUAAUUUGAACAGCUUCCGGCGGAUGACCUGCUACAUCACGCAGGACGAUCGGCUACAGACGCUGCUGACUGUACUGGAAAACAUGCGCAUUGCGGCCGAUCUGAAGCUGGGACCGGAGGUGUCCCGUCACGAGAAGGAGUCCAUUAUCGAAGACAUUCUAACCGUGCUCGGUCUGUACGAGCAUCAGUUCACCAUCACUAAGCGUCUGUCUGGAGGACAGCGUAAAAGACUGUCGAUCGCACUGGAGCUGAUCAACAACCCAACUAUUAUGUUUUUGGACGAACCCACAACAGGUUUGGAUAGCUUUUCAUGCAACCAAGUAGUAGACCUGCUCAAGCAACUCGCCAAACAAGGACGCACAAUCAUCUGUACGAUCCAUCAGCCAUCCGCCAAGUUGUUCCAAGAGUUCGACCAGGUGUAUGUGCUCUCGAACGGAGAGUGUAUGUACCAGGGCUGCACCAACAGCCUGGUACCGUUCCUGCAGUCCGUGGAGAUGCCCUGUCCGGUAUACCACAAUCCAGCCGAUUACAUAAUUGAACUGGCAUGCGGCGAAUACGGAGAGGAACGCAUCCAGCGCAUGGUGAUGGAAAUGGGAAACGGCGAGUGCUCCGAGUGGUUCACUGACAAGCGAAAGUUGCUGAAACUCGAGCAGCUUCGCAAGAAAUACCCGCUGAAGAAGAUCAUCGAGCAGAGCGAAGACCUGACGGCGACGUCCCAAAUGCAUCAGCUCAAAGUGUUGAUCCAGCGUGGCAUUAUCAAGGCGAAGCGAGACGCCACCCUUACUCAUCUGCGUAUUGGAGUGAACAUCGUCAUCGCGGCCAUGCUUGGGUUUCUGUUCAUUGACGCCGGCAACGAGGGCUCGCGCGUACUCGACAACUACAAUCUGCUCUUCUCGAUCCUCAUGCACCACAUGAUGGCCACCAUGAUGCUGACCGUGCUGACAUUCCCCACCGAGAUGGGUGUGAUUUUGAAAGAGCACUUUAAUCGAUGGUAUACACUAAAGUGUUACUACCUCUCCGUCACGAUCAUCGAUCUGCCGUUGUCCGUGUUCUGCUGCCUGUUCUUUUCCGUCAUUAUCUACCUGAUGAGCGGUCAGCCUAUGGAAUGGUUCCGUUUUGGAAUGUUUUUCACCAUCAGUCUGCUGAUCGUGCUGAUAGCGCAGAGCCUCGGGUUGACGAUCGGAGCCUGGUUUAACGUGGUGAAUGGCACUUUCCUCGGACCCGUACUGACCAUCCCGAUGAUGAUGUUCGCUGGAUUCGGUGUGACGUUGCGUGAUCUGCCCAGUUACCUAAAAUGGGGCAGCCACAUAUCAUAUUUACGUUACGGGUUGGAAGGCUACGUUAAUGCAAUAUAUGGAGAAAAUCGAGAAACUCUCGACUGCGAGCUGAAACCCUACUGCCAUUACAGAUAUCCGGCCAAGUUCCUGUCGGAGAUCUCGAUGGAAGGGGACCAGUUCUGGAAAGACGUGUACGCUCUCUGUGGCACGCUGCUCCUGGUGCGUGUAUUCUGUUACUUCUGUCUUCGAUGGAAGGUUAUGUCGGUGCGGUAGACCACCGCCAUUUUGUAAGCUGUAGCACCUACGAAAGCUUCCCGCCGAUGAUGUACCAACUCUUGCGCAAAUGUGAUGAACAGUAAUCAGGAUGUGAUUUCCGUUACCAGAUGAUCCGGCCGCCUGAGCCGAGGCAAGACUAAACCAAAAAAUGGGUUGCCAAAUGAUUUGUUUCAUUGUUUCACAAUCUUAUCGUGCUGCAAGCGAGCGCAGCGUUUGAACACAAUAAGUCGUAUCGCAGUGCAUUUCUACUGUAUAUAUAAUUCGCUAGAAUGUGUACAUAUUAUGGUCUGUAAAGACCGUACGAAUACACAUUGAUUUAGCCGUCGGCAAAGUGCCAAUUUAUUUCGCAGGAUGCGUGAAGGGUUUGAAGAUAAGAAAACACGAAAUAUCCGUAGCUAGUGUAACUAAUAGUUAGUCAUUGAUAGUCAAUAAAUAUUGAACAA